UGGAGCCAAACAGUAUGGUCUGAAACUUCAACGGAAGAGCCAUCUUGGAGCUGGUCAUGAAUAUGUUCUGAAAGUGAGGGGAAUGACGUUGAAUUGGGAUGUUCUCAACAACCAGGGCCUUCAAUACAAUACUUUCAAAGAACAGGUACUUUCCUAUGCUAGAACUGGGGAAAAUGAUCCAAUUGAUAUAAUUUAUCCCAAUUUUUUGCGACCAUCGAUUAAAGAUGGUCGUGUCACUUCCCAACCACAACAUAAAUUGUAUAAACCUGUGGUCAGUAAGGGAAUUAUUCGCCCUUCUGACUUUUCAAUACUUAAUUAUGGUUUUGUAAAUAAUCGUCACCCUCGUAUCUCACCCCCAUAA